AUGUUGGGCCAAGAGCGAGUCGCAGAGAAAAGCAAAAAGCAAAUUUCCAUCCGCCAAAGAUACUUCUCCUCUGCCAUCGAUACCUUCCCCACCCCGCCCCCUAUACCAUCACCUACUACCUUGACUCGGUGGCCAUUGGUGGCUCAACGUAACUAUGCAGUCGCAGCCCCUGCCGUCGGUGCGUAUGCUCCCGUUGAUGGCGAGCCUACCCUCAACUCUCCUUCCGAGCUGGCAAGGCGUAUAUCUGCAAAGGUAUUGCCAAAGCUGGAAAAGCCAGACGUGCGUAAAGUGUUGGUCGUAGGCAGUGGUGGAUUGAGCAUUGGCCAAGCGGGAGAGUUUGAUUAUUCCGGCUCCCAAGCCAUUAAAGCUCUCAGGGAGAGCAACAUUUCCACAAUCCUCAUCAAUCCCAACAUCGCUACCAUUCAAACAUCACAUCAUCUCGCUUCGGAAAUCUACUUUCUACCCAUCACCGCCGAUUAUGUCGCCUAUGUGCUCGAAAAAGAACGACCUGAUGGUAUCCUUCUCACUUUUGGAGGUCAGUCAGCCCUCAAUGUUGGUAUACAGCUGGAUAAGAUGGGCGUGUUGGAACGGUUAGGAGUGAAGGUGCUCGGUACACCCAUCAGAACAUUGGAAGUGUCAGAGGACCGAGAUCUGUUCGUGCAAGCGUUGAAUGAGAUUGACAUUCCGGCUGCCCAGUCAACCGCUGUUUCCACCAUACAAGGUGCUUUGGACGCGGCAGCGACCAUCGGUUACCCCAUCAUCCUUCGUUCGGCUUUCUCCUUAGGUGGUUUGGGCAGUGGUUUCGCUCAUGACGAGGAGGAGCUUCGAAAUCUUGCUGCCAAAAGUUUGAGUUUAUCACCUCAAGUCUUGAUAGAGAAGAGUUUGAAAGGGUGGAAGGAGGUCGAAUAUGAGGUUGUCAGAGAUGCUGCAGAUAACACAAUCAUAUGUUGUAAUAUGGAGAAUUUCGACCCUCUCGGUACACAUACCGGUGAUUCCAUCGUGGUGGCACCUUCACAAACUCUGACAGAUGACGAGUAUCACAUGUUACGAUCAGCCGCAAUCAAAAUCGUGCGACAUGUUGGUGUCGUGGGUGAAUGCAAUGUGCAAUACGCUCUUGAUCCCGAAUCUCGUGAUUACCGUGUCAUCGAAAUGAACGCCCGUCUUUCCCGAUCUUCUGCUUUGGCAUCCAAAGCUACUGGUUACCCCCUCGCAUACACCGCCGCUAAAAUCGCUCUUGGACACACUCUUCCUGAACUCCCCAACGCCGUUACCAAAUCCACCACCGCUUGCUUCGAACCAUCCCUGGACUACAUUGUAACCAAAAUUCCCAAGUGGGAUUUGGCCAAGUUUCAACAUGUGGAGCGGACUGUGGGGUCAGCGAUGAAGUCUGUUGGUGAGGUCAUGGCUAUCGGAAGAACUUUUGAAGAAUCAUUGCAAAAAGCCAUCCGACAGGUUGACCCGGGUUUCGCAGGUUUUGACGCUUACUGGAAACCUGAAGACAUAACGACGGCUCUGACAGCGAACAAUGAUCGACGUCUGUUCGCUAUCGCCCAUGCGAUGUUGAAUCUUGAUUAUACUGUGGACACCUUGCACGACUUGACGAAGAUUGAUAAGUGGUUCCUGUACAAACUUGAGAACAUCGUCACUGUAUACCGGCAAUUACGGGCUGUUCCAUUCGACCAAUGGGACAAAGAAAUGGUCAUGACAGCCAAGAAAACCGGAUUCUCGGAUCUACACAUGUCACAAUUGGGCUCGACGUCGGAAAAUGAGGUUCGUGCACUCAGGAAAUCACUUGCAAUCACUCCUUUCGUGAAACGGAUCGAUACUUUGGCGGCGGAGUUCCCGGCCUACACCAACUACCUCUAUACGACAUACAAUGCCACGACGCACGAUCUUGAGUUCGAUGAACACGGUACGAUGGUCCUCGGUUCUGGAGUCUAUCGCAUUGGUAGCUCGGUUGAGUUCGAUUGGUGUGCUGUGACCUGCUCGCGUGCAAUCCGUGAUCUGGGGAAGAAAACGAUAAUGAUCAAUUAUAACCCUGAGACGGUGUCCACGGACUUUGACGAGGCAGACAGGUUGUACUUUGAGGAACUGGGCUUUGAGCGAGUCAUGGAUAUCUACGAGCUGGAAGGAGCUGAGGGUGUGGUUGUCAGCGUGGGCGGUCAACUCCCUCAGAACAUUGCCCUUCGUUUGAAGCAGACCGGCGUCAAAGUCCUUGGAACCGACCCUGAACAAAUCGACAAUGCAGAAGACAGACAUAAAUUCUCUUCCAUCCUUGAUGCCGCGGGGAUCGACCAACCAGCCUGGACGGAAGCUACCUCUCUCAAAGCUGCUGAGGAGUUUGCUUCGCUCGUCGGCUAUCCUGUGCUUAUUCGACCUUCAUACGUUCUCUCUGGCGCUGCGAUGAAUGUCGUUUGGGACGAAUCAACACUUCACGAACGACUUUCCGCCGCUGCCGAUGUUUCUCCCCUUCAUCCAGUCGUCAUCUCCCAAUUCAUCGAUAACGCACAAGAAAUCGAUGUUGACGCCGUCGCUCAUAAAGGGAAACUUCUCAUCCACGCCGUAUCAGAACAUGUCGAAAAUGCCGGAGUUCAUUCCGGUGACGCAACCUUGGUCCUUCCACCUUAUUCAUUACCCGAAUCAGACUUGGAUCGUCUGAAAGUAAUCGCCGAGAAAGUCGCCAGUGCCUUCCACAUCUCGGGUCCAUUCAACAUGCAAAUCAUCCGUAAACCCCCUACUUCGGGAGAAGCAGAAUUGAAAGUCAUCGAAUGUAAUCUCCGAGCAUCUCGUUCUUUCCCUUUUGUCAGUAAAGUGCUAGGAGUCAACUUUAUCGAUAUCGCCUCCGCGGCCAUCAUGGACACUGCAGUCCCAGAACCGGUGGAUUUGAUGAAACAGAAACGUGAUUAUGUGGCGAUUAAAGUUCCUCAAUUCAGUUGGACCCGGUUACCAGGGGCGGAUCCAUUCUUGGGUGUCGAGAUGGCUUCUACGGGUGAAGUGGCAAGUUUCGGAAGGGAUAUCUAUGAGGCUUAUUGGGCGGCUUUAUUGAGUGUGAAUGGGUUCAAAUUACCCAGACCACAUAGUGGGAUCCUUCUUGGAGGUGAUAUUACUAGACCGGAGAUGGUGGAAGUAGCGGCGAAUCUGAUGAGAUUAGGGUUUCAUUUGUACACACAUUCCGCUGAGGUUGAACGUCACAUCAACACUCAACCCUAUUUGUCCAUCAAAAAGAUCCUCAUUCCCGUCAAAGACAAACGCAAGCUCAGAGAAGUGUUGGAAGAACAUGAAGUAGGAAUGGUCAUCAACAUUUCUCGAAGUCGAGCUGCCGACACUCUUGAUGCUGAUUAUGCCAGUCGUCGAGCUGCUGUCGAUUUCGGUAUCCCCUUGAUCAAUAAUGCCAAGUUGGCCGUUCUAUUCACCGAGACGCUUCAGAGGAAAUUCCACCAUUCACCAUUACCUUAUGUGGAAGGUACAAACCCAUCAGAAGUUCGUUCAUGGCGCGAGUUCGUACCAGAUAGCACAACAUAGUGUUUCUUCACUUCUGUCCCGAAUGAUAUGAGAGGAGGAUGGUAUCUAUAGUGAUAUCUUGUGUAGAUAAUGAAUUGCAUCUAGACUUGUGC